AUGGAUCUGGAGUCGCUUUUCUCCGUCAAGGACAAAGUCGUCCUCGUCACUGGCGGUGCCAAGGGCAUUGGCCGGAUGAUCUCCGAAGCCUUUGUGAGGAACGGCGCCCGCGUGUACAUCGCCUCGCGCGACGGCAAGGCCUGCGACGCCGCAGCCGCCGAGCUUAACGCCCUCCCCGGCAAACCCUCCUCCGGCCAGGCCAUCGCCAUCCCCGCGAACCUGGCCUCACUGGACGACUGCAAGCGCCUUGCCGAGGAGCUCAAGAAGCGUGAAUCCAAACUCCACGUGCUGGUCAACAACUCCGGCGCGACCUGGGGCGAGGAGUAUGAGAAGUACCCCGACAGCGCGUGGACUAAGCUCCUGACUCUGAACCUCCAUCGCGUAUUCACCCUUACCCAGUUGCUCACGCCUCUUCUCGAGGCGGCAGCCGUCCGCUCCGCCGACGGCGUCAUCGUCGACCCCGCGCGUCUCAUCCACAUCGGCAGUAUCGACGGCAUCCGCGUGCCCAAGCUGCCCACCUUCGCGUACAGCAGCUCCAAAGCCGGUCUGCACCACCUGUCGCGGCAUUUGGCCGUGGAGCUGGGGCCGAGGGGGAUUACGAGCAACACACUGGCGUGUGGGCCGUUCCCGAGUAAGAUGAUGGCGCAUACGCUGAAGACGUUUGGCGAGGAGAUAAGGGCGGCGAAUCCGCUUGGGAGGAUUGGCUUACCAAGUGAUGUGGGAGGUGCUUGUUUGUUUUUGGCGAGUAAGGCAGGUGGGUUUGUGAAUGGCGCGACAAUUCGAGUGGAUGGGGGGGUCAGUUUGCAGAGUAAGAUCUAG